AUGCUCUUUCCGGCCAUCCUUGCGGGCACUGCUGCAAUGGCCGCUCCUGCGGCAGACACCGGUUUCAGCAUUAUUCCCGCUCCCCUCCACAUCCAAAGCGGCAAAGGCAGUUUUAUGCUCACCCCGCAAACGCGCAUCCUGACAGAGAGCGGCAAUGCCGCACUGCAGCAGGUGGCCAAAGAACUGGCUGCCGGCAUCCGCCGGCAAAGCGGCCUGUCCCUUACGGUAGGCGCGCUGGGUAAAAUGGCGCCGGCGAACGCCAUCGUACUGCGCCUGCAGGCGGAUACGCUGGGCAACGAAGGGUACCGCCUUUCGGUCAAACCCGGCCUGGUCACCGCCACCGCCUCGCAACCGGCGGGCGUAUUUUAUGCCGCGCAAACCAUUUUGCAGCUGCUGCCCACCGGCGUUGCCAAAACCCCGGCCCUGCCGGCGGCAGAGAUCGCGGACAAACCGCGCUUCGGCUGGCGCGGCCUCAUGCUCGACGUGGGGCGUUAUUACUUCCCGGUCGACUAUCUCAAAAAGUACAUCGACUACAUGGCGCUGCACAAACUCAACACCUUUCACUGGCACCUGACGGAAGACCAUGGCUGGCGGAUCGAGAUCAAGAAGUAUCCCCGCCUCACCACCGUGGGCGCGUGGCGCAACGGCACACAGUUCACCAACAACCGCGUCAACAACCACCCUCACGGCGGCUACUACACGCAGGAAGAAAUAAAGGAAGUGGUGGCCUACGCCCAAUCGAAAUUCAUUACCGUAGUGCCUGAAAUAGAAAUGCCCGGCCACAGCCUUGCGGCGCUGGCGGCGUACCCCGAACUGUCGUGCUCCGGCGGGCCGUUCAAAAUGCCGGUGAACUGGGGUAUUCAGAAAGACGUGUACUGCGCGGGCAACGAUAAAACGUUCACAUUCCUCGAAGAUGUGCUUACCGAAGUGGCCGCGCUGUUCCCCGGGGAAAUCAUCCACAUCGGGGGCGACGAAUGCCCGAAAGACCGCUGGAAGGCCUGCCCCAAAUGCCAGCAACGCAUCAAGGCGAAUAACCUGAAAGACGAGCACGAACUGCAGAGCUACUUCAUUACCCGCAUCGAGAAGUUUCUGCAAACGAAAGGCAAACGCAUUAUCGGGUGGGACGAGAUACUGGAAGGCGGCCUGGCGCCCAAUGCGGCGGUGAUGUCGUGGCGCGGCACCGAAGGCGGCAUACAGGCGGCGCGGCUGCUGCACCCGGUGGUGAUGACGCCCAACCAGUUCAUGUACUUCGAUUAUUACCAGGGCGAAACCUACCUCGAGCCCUAUUGCAUCGGCGGGUUUCUGCCGCUGCGCAAAGUGUAUGAAUACGAACCGGUACCGGCAGAGCUGACCGCGGCCGAGGCCAAAUACAUCGUAGGGGUGCAGGGGAACGUGUGGGGCGAAUACAUCCACAGUCCUGAAAAAUCAGAUUACAUGACCUUUCCGCGCGCCGCCGCCAUGGCCGAAACCGGGUGGAGCAGCGCCGGCAAUAAGAACUGGGACGAUUUUGCCCGCCGUAUGGAAAGCCAGUACCGCCGCUACGAAAAGGCCGGCAUCGGAUAUGCCGCCAGCGCGUACAACGUGAUGUUUAAAGUGCAGGCAGAUUCAGCACGCAAUAAAGCCGUGGUAACGCUUACCACCGACAGUUACCGCCCGGUUAUCCGGUACACGACCAACAGCAGCGAGCCCACGGCUGCUUCUCCGAGGUAUCAGCAGCCCAUUGAAGUAACCAUGCCCGUGAAUAUCAAAGCAGCGGUGUUUGAAGGCAACCGCGUGCGCGGUAAGACCGUUUCGGCGGCUGCGCCUUUCCAAAUACGGUGCGCCCACCGUAUUGCCACGAUUGGUCACGCUCGUGCUGCACGAGGUCUUCGAAUCGGUCGUUCGGCACAAAAUCUUUCUCCGCUUUCAGGGCGAGGAUCACCUCGCUCACCAGCGCCAGCGACUGCAGCGUGCGCGGCCCGAGGCCUGGCAAUAACAGCAGGUCUUCGAACCCGGCGGGCUGCUGCUCCUGCGCCAGCCAUAAAACGGUGCCGAGGCGCUUCAGGUCCACAUCUUCCGCCCGUACGUCGUGAUGAUGGGGCAUUACCAGCUGCUGCACCUCCUGCAUCAUCAGCUCCGGUUUUUCCUGCGUCAGCUGCAGAAUGCCACCGCGUGCCGGGGCGGCUUCCCGGGCGGUCAGGUUCAGGAUGCUGCCCACGUUGGGGCCGCAUACCGCCGCAUGCGGCUCUUCCACGAACGAUUGUACCUGCGCUGAAUGCCAGUGUCGCCUUUGGCGCUCACGAUGAAAUUAUGGGUGUAGAGCUGAAAACCGUCCUGCACCGCGGUAUUGUCUACUUUGGCGCUCAGCUUGCUGCAGCGCACGAGGUAAUUGCCGUCGAGCCCGGUGGCGUCCGCAAUCCGGAUCAGCUCCGCCGGGGCUUCCUUUGA